ACAGCGCGCGCGUGCAAAGUUACGUUACAUUUUCAUGAUCUUCGACAAAUAGAUAUCUAUCUACUAAAGAUAUAAUAAUGUCUGCGAAUCAUAUUGACAUUACAAACAUAGAUGAGUGGAUUGAGGAGAACAAGAAGUUUUUCCUCCCACCUGUGUGCAACAAAAUGAUGUACAGUGAAGGGCAGAUGAAAGCUUUCUUUGUUGGAGGUCCAAAUGUCAGGAAGGAUUAUCACAUAGAGGAAGGAGAGGAGCUUUUUUACAUGAAAAAAGGCGACAUGUGCCUCAAGGUCGUGGAGCAGAACAAACAUAGAGAUAUCCACAUCAAAGAAGGAGAGAUCUUCCUUUUGCCGAGUUGUAUUCCCCAUUCUCCUCAGAGGCAAGCAGACACUGUUGGUUUGGUGCUAGAGAGAGAGCGCGAUCUGGAAGAGAAGGAUGGGCUGAGGUACUAUGUGGACGGCACCCUUGAAAGACUGUACGAGGAGUGGUUCUACUGUGAGGAUCUAGGCAUCCAGCUGGCCCCCGUCAUCAAGCGCUACUUUGCUUCAGAGCAACACAAAACUGGCAAGCCAAUUGAAGGAACUCUUCCAGAGAAACCUCCAGUCACCUUGGAUACGGAGAGGAAGCUAAAUGCACCUUUCAAACUUCAGGAAUGGAUCGAGAAGAAUCGAGAGGAGAUUGACUCCAAGGGAUCCAAGUCCCUGUUUGGAGACAAGAAUCAGUUCAGUGUUGUGAUGUGGGGAGCAGGUACCGAGUCAGGUGGAUGUGAGGAGGCAGAGGUCUGGCUGUGGCAGCUUGAGGGAAAGUCAGAUGUUGGGGUUGGAGAUGCCAAGGUGAAGAAGUAUGAACUCAACGAAGGCGAAUGUAUGCUCAUCCCUAAAGGAGCAACGUAUAUGGCCACAAGGGAGAAGGGCUCCCUCUGUAUGGUUUGCUUUCAAGACCCUCGACGCAAGAAGGAGCUUGCCAAGGCAGCAGGAGACGAGUAAACCUCAUCUUCUAGAAGGCCUCGAUGGCGGAGCUGCAAGAAAGAAUUGAAAUAUACGACUGGACUUGGGAAUAUAUGUGUUUUAUUAAUAUUAAAAUAUUUGUAUUGUAUCCAAGAAGCAGUCAUUAUCUUGAAGAUACAAAAUGCUGCCAAAAUCCUUUUUAAUGAGUUCCAUCCAAUGAAUAUAAGAUGGUCUUGGCGAUUGUUCUAGAAGAUCUUGAUAGCUGAGCUGCAUGUAGAGAAGAAAGAAUUGAAAUAUAUAUGGUUGGACUUGGGGAAAAUAUGUGUUUUAUUGAUAUUUGUUUAUAUGUUAUCUAAGAAGCAGUCAUUAUCUUGAAGAUUCAAAUACUGCCAAAAUCGUUUCGAAUAAGUUCCAUCCAAUAAAGUUUAGAUGGUCUUAGCAAUGGUUUUAAAAAUAUAAUUUACUUUGUACUUGCCUGAAAUCUAAUUUCAUUUGCCCUUAUUUCUGAAAUUUGUAUUAGAAGAUUGUCAUAUUAGGCUAUCUAGAUCUUUAUUUGGCUGAUAGUCAGUAACUCGCUACUCCCUUCCCUACUAUUUUUUUCCCAAAAUUUAUUAAGCUGUCUCUCAAAAUGAUUUUAGAGUUCUUAGAAAACAGACCUCUUAAAACUGAACUGUACUGAAUAUAGAGGUAUGAUUUCUCUCUCUCUUUGUGGACAGUGAUUUGGGUCAUGGAUAGUCUGAACUAGUCUGCCUUAAAGCUUAUCUCCACUAGUUUGGCAAGGAGGGAUUAGACCACAUAGCGAGGUCACUGACAGGUGGCUAUCUCAUUAACUCAGUUCUCAAAUAACAUAAGAAAUAGAGGAUCAUGGGGGACCAACAGGCACCUAUUGGGGAAUUUUUCUAUAUAGAGGGAGCAAGUAGCUACAAGUAGGACAGUGUGGCUUUAAAGGCUAUAUUCCAAUUUCCUUUUUGCUCCCAAAACUGUAUACCGGUAUGAGCUUUAAACAAUAGUCCUUUAACUUUGUUGAUUUCAGAAAAGUGCUUAAGUUCAUUCAGCCUGUGGUGUUGUGUCUGUUUCAAGUGCUUAGAUUCUGAUAUUUUGAAUCCGUUAUUUACAGAAAAACAGGAUAUAAGGCACCAUUUUUCAACCUGCUGAUAAAAUUCUUGGUAUGUGCUGUGUUGGACAAAUAUCUGUGUUUGUAUAUCUGGACAAUUGGGUAAAUUCCAUUUAUUGUGGUUUUGUUGUUACAUUUGUAUAAUGUUGAUUGUGCUCUUGGAGGAAGUUCCUGUUUACUUUAUAGCAUGCCUGAAAUGUUUGAGUUCGAUUAAAGUCUUUUUAAAAGGCUGUUAAACAUUCUGCAAUUUUGUUUACUUGAUUUCUGGUAAUUCUCAGGUGGAACAACCUCCGUCCCUCGAUUAGGUAUUCAUCGUCAAUCAAGAUCUUCAAAAGUCUUCUGAAAACUCAACUGUUUUAUGAAACCUUUCCAUAGCCGUUUUUGUUGUUAGUUAGACCCCAUUUCUUUCUCAUGCUCCAAUUGUGUCGAACAGGCCUACCAUAACUUAAAUUCUACCAAUCACUGAAAGAUCUUUAGCUCUGUAUGUUUGGAGUUCCAUGUCUUUAUGCUAUACUCAGAAUAUUAGCUUUUGAUAUAUAACUUCUGUAUUGUGAUUGAUAAUAUGAGUUUAAAUACGUUCUCAAAGAACUUGCAAUCGAGAGUAAGACUAAUAGAAGAAUAGAAUAACAUGUGCACGGAACCCAAGUCUGACUUGAGUUCCAUGCACAAGAUUAAUUUAAGUUCUCCUCGGUUUUCUUCAUACUUCUGUAAAUGGUAGUCUUUAAAAUGCCUGGUAAAGUUAUUUUAGGUCGAUUUUAUACAUUCUAGGGAUACAACAAUUAUUUUUCUUUGGAUGAGCGGUACUCCUAGACUGGUUCGAGAAUCCUUUUCUUCAUAUUAUAUGAUUGAACAUAUAUUAUUAGUGUAGAUGCUGAAUUAAUGUCAUUUUUAAAAAAAUUGUUUAUGCUUUUUCCCUUGUUACAUGGAUAUGUGCUCUUGAGUGCAUUUGUAUAAUUUGUAAAGAAUUUCGGGCACUCUAAAUUUACAAUUAUAAUCAUUAUUAUUAAGGGUAAAUGAUUAAUCAGUUGAUACAGUACUAGAAUGCUGUGAUGUGUGGAAAUUCUUCUGCUUAUCUGCUACCUGCUGAGUUAAUUUUUGAGAAUACCAUUUUUGUAUACAAAUAUAUUUCUUGUAUGUAAUUUUUACACUAUUUUUGUAAUAAAAAUGGGUCACAAGGAAUGAAAUCA